AUGGAAGAGCCUGCAGCUCCCUCUGAGGCCCCCGAGGCACUGGGGGCCCAGGCAGGUGCUGGGGCAGCACGGGAGGGUGUCCCUGGACCCAGCCUCCCGGAGGGUGAGAGCUCCGGGAGGUCAGCGGCUCCGGACUCGGCUUCUGCCCAUGCGGGUUUGGGUCUCCAGCCGCUCCGCGUGGCCCCCAGCCCGGCCCACCUGCGCACGGUGGGCCUGAGGCACGUGCAGGCCGCCAGGGCAGGAGCCAGGCUUAGCCAGGUGCCCAGCCGCAGCACCGGCAGCUGGACAAAGCAAGUUGCCUGCAGGUACUAUCUACAUGGGCUGUGCAAAGAGGGGGAGAACUGUCGCUACUUGCAUGAUCUGGCUGGUCAGCAGGGUUCUGUAGACCCCCAGGUCCAGACCCAGCCAGCAGCUGAUACCCCUGCUGCUGCAGCCCCCAGCUCCCCUCCUGCUGUUGGCUCUGCUGCUGCCGCUGCCGAAGGAGGGUGCCUGGGAACUGCGACAGCCAGUGCAGGCCAAGGGGCUAUCGGAGGAGCAGGGUUAGAAGGCUGGGAAGAUGCUGUGGAGUUUAUUCCUGGGCAGCCCUAUCGGGGCCGCGGGGUGGCUUCCAUUCCUGAAGCUCCUCCCCAGGGCUCAGAGGUGGCCGAGAGGGAGCAGGUGGCUGUGGGCAUGGGGGUUCAACUUUGCCCUCACGCUGCCAGGGGAGAAUGCUUCCGUGGGGAGAGCUGUAUGUAUCUGCAUGGAGAGAUAUGCGACAUGUGUGGGCUCCAGGCCUUGCACCCCAUGGAUGCUGCGCAGAGGGCAGAUCAUAGGAAGGCCUGCAUGGAGGCACAUGAGAAAGAUAUGGAGCUGUCGUUUGCGGUGCAACGCAGCAUGGAUAAGGUGUGCGGCAUCUGCAUGGAGGUGGUGUACGACAAGGCCAACCCCAGCGACCGCCGCUUUGGCAUCCUGUCCAACUGUAACCACCCCUACUGUCUCAAGUGUAUCCGUAGGUGGCGACGCGCCAGACACUUUGAGAAUAGGAUCGUCAAGUCCUGCCCGCAGUGCAGGGUCACCUCCAACUUCGUCAUUCCCAGUGAGUUCUGGGUGGAGGAAGAGGAAGAGAAGGAGAAACUCAUUCAGCAGUACAAGGAGGCUCUGAGCAACAAGCCCUGUCGGCAUUUUGCGGAAGGCAGAGGCCACUGCCCCUUUGGAGAACACUGCUUUUAUAAGCACUCGUCCCCUGAGCGCCGGGGAGAGGAGCCUCCUGGGCAGGGCGGGGGCCCAUCCCUCACCUACUGGCAUCAACUUUGGCAGCCCAUGCGGAUGCGGGAGGGCAGCGGGCUCUUGAAGAGCAGUAAGAAGGAGCUGGUCGUACUGCGGCUGGCCAGUCUGUUGUUUAAGCAGUUUCUGUCUCUGAGAAAUGAGCUCCCCUUCUCUGAGGAGCAGUGGGAUCUGCUUCAUUAUCAGCUGGAGGAAUAUUUCAACCUGAAUCUGUAG